AUGAACUAUUUACGCACAGCAUGCCAAAUCGCACGUACAUCGCCAGGUGUGUUGCGAUCGGCGACGCUGUUACGAUCACGUAGCACCGCUCCUCGAUCUUUCUGCUCCCAGAUCGAACAAAAACCACAACAACCGAAACCUUCAGCAGCAGGAUCAAGCGCCGGAAGCAAUGGGUCAAACAUAAGCUCACACACUCACACCCCGAAUGCGCUGGAGAAGCGUAUGUUGGUGUAUACGAAGCGUUACAAAUCCAUCGAAGAGGUUCCCAACUUUGUCAGCCAGGAAAAGAUGGAACGUGUUCGCAAUCAGGUGCGAAUCAAGAUCGCCAACUACAUGAUGAUUGCUACCGCGAUCGGAUGCAUCGUGAUGGUGAUCAGUGGCAAAAAGGCACAGGAGCGUGGUGAAUCCGUUGCCAAGAUGAACCUCGACUGGCACAAGGAGUACAACGAGAAGGCGCGUGCCGAAGACGAGGCGUCUUCGGCAUCCGCAUCAAAGAAGUAA